CGUCCGCGUAGACUUCCGAGCGGGACAGAAAAAUUGUGAGCUAGCGACAGGUUUGGGCAGAACUGUCCAGCGGCCUCUGCCAAGGACGAACCGACUUACCAACCACUGUCGGGAAGCGAGGGAAGUGGGGCGGAGGAGCGGAAAUGUGCUAGGGGUCCAGGAGCGCGGGGCGGUCUGGGAGUUGUAGUUCGCGGUCGUGUGGCGCUCGGGCGGGGCGGAUGUAGCCCGAGAAGGCGGGCGGAAGCGGGACGCCUGCGGUGCGGGAUUCCCGGCGGAGGCAGCGAGUGCAAAGCCCGGCGGGCUGAGGGGAGGUGACGGGCCGCAGAAGGUGGCGCUGGCGGCUCCCGGAGGCCCCAGUUCCCUUAGGACGGGGGCCAGGUGGACCUCACCUCUGGCUUCUCCAGCAUGCGUGGGCACCCGGGGGGCGGCUGCGGGCGCGGGGCCUAGGGAUGAUCUUCCCGGUCGCCCGCUGCGCGCUCCGCUGGCUGAAACGGCCGGGAGCCCGCACCUUGUCCCGCGCUGCCAUGGAGGUGGCCUUCCGAGGCGUGCGGAAAAUUCUCUGUGUGGCCGAGAAAAACGACGCGGCCAAGGGGAUCGCCGACCUGCUGUCCAACGGUCGCAUGAGGCGGAGGGAAGGAUUUUCAAAAUUCAACAAGAUCUAUGAAUUUGAUUAUCAUCUAUAUGGCCAGAAUGUUACCAUGAUAAUGACUUCAGUUUCUGGACAUUUGCUGGCCCAUGAUUUCCAGAUGCAGUUUCGCAAAUGGCAGAGCUGCAAUCCCCUUGUCCUCUUUGAAGCAGAAAUUGAAAAGUACUGCCCAGAGAAUUUUGUAGACAUCAAGAAAACUCUGGAACGAGAGACUCGGCAGUGCCAGGCCCUGGUGAUCUGGACCGACUGUGAUAGAGAAGGUGAAAAUAUCGGGUUUGAAAUUAUCCACGUAUGCAGGGCCGUGAAGCCCAGUCUCCCGGUGCUGAGAGCCCGUUUCUCUGAGAUCACCCCCCGAGCCGUCCGGGCGGCCUGUGAAAACCUGACCGAGCCCGAUCAGAGAGUGAGCGAUGCCGUGGACGUGAGGCAGGAGCUGGACCUGAGGAUUGGAGCUGCCUUCACUAGGUUCCAAACCCUGAGGCUUCAGAGGAUUUUUCCAGAAGUGUUGGCAGAGCAGCUGAUCAGUUACGGCAGCUGCCAGUUCCCGACCCUGGGGUUCGUGGUGGAGAGGUUCAAAGCCAUUCAGGCUUUUGUGCCAGAAACCUUCCACAAAAUUAAAGUAACUCAUGACCACAAAGAUGGAGUCGUAGAUUUCAACUGGAAAAGGCAUCGUCUCUUUAACCACACGGCUUGUCUUGUCCUCUACCAGCUGUGCAUGGAGCUAUUUCUAGAGCAAUUAAAGCAAUUUCUUUUUCUCUUUGUUUGUCUUUGUUCUAGGUACAUCAGCUAUCCUCGUACUGAAACAAACAUCUUCCCCAAAGACUUGAACCUGACCGUGCUGGUGGAGCAGCAGACCCUGGAUCCGCGCUGGGGGGCCUUCGCCCAGAGCAUUCUAGAGCGGGGUGGCCCCACUCCACGCAACGGGAACAAGUCUGACCAAGCUCACCCUCCCAUCCACCCCACCAAAUACACCGACAGCUUGCAGGGAGAUGAGCAGCGACUGUACGAGUUCAUCGUGCGGCAUUUCCUGGCUUGUUGCUCCCAGGAUGCUCAGGGACAGGAGACCACCGUGGAGAUCGACAUUGCGCAGGAACGCUUCGUGGCCCACGGCCUCAUGAUUUUGGCCCGAAACUAUCUGGACGUGUACCCAUAUGACCACUGGAGUGACAAGACCCUCCCUGUCUACGAGAGAGGCGCCUGCUUCCAGCCCAGCACUGUGGAGAUGGUGGACGGGGAGACCAGCCCACCCCAGCUGCUCACCGAAGCCGACCUCAUCGCCCUCAUGGAAAAGCACGGCAUUGGGACCGAUGCCACCCACGCGGAGCACAUCGAGACAAUCAAAGCCCGGAUGUACGUCGGGCUCACGGCAGACAAGCGGUUCCUCCCAGGGCAUCUGGGCAUGGGGCUCGUGGAAGGUUAUGACUCCAUGGGCUAUGAGAUGUCCAAGCCUGACCUUCGGGCCGAGCUGGAAGCUGACCUGAAGCUGAUCUGUGAAGGCAAGAAGGACAAGUGGGUGGUUCUAAGGCAGCAAGUCCAGAAAUACAAGGAGGUUUUCAUUGAAGCGGUGGCCAAAGCUAAGAAAUUGGAUGAGGCGUUAGCCCAGUACUUUGGGGAAGGGGCAGAGGUGGCCCAGCAAGAAGCCAUCUACCCGAGCAUGCCAGAGCCCAUCAUGAAGUGUCCACAGUGCAACAAGGACAUGGUCCUCAAGACCAAGAAGAAUGGCGGGUUCUACCUCAGCUGCACGGGCUUCCCAGAAUGCCGAUCGGCCAUGUGGUUCCCGGACUCUGUGCUGGAGGCCAGCAGGGACGAGAGUGUGUGUCCAGUGUGUCAGCCGCACCCUGUUUACAGGUUGAAGUUAAAGUUUAAACGCGGCAGCCUUCCCCCGACCAUGCCCCUGGAGUUUGUCGGCUGCAUCGGCGGAUGUGACGAGACACUGCGGGAGAUCUUGGACCUGAGGUUCUCACGGGGCGCCCCCAGAGCUCCCCAGCCAGCCAGCCAGCCCUCUAACUACCUGCAGGCUAGCCAGUCCCUGAAUAGAAUGGCCAGCGCCCCCCGGGUGCUGCCCCCACCCCCCGCCGCCGCCGAGGGCAGCAACUCGGUGACCUGCAACUGCGGCCAGGAGGCCGUGCUGCUCACCGUGCGGAAGGAGGGCCCCAACCAGGGCCGCCCGUUCUAUAAGUGUCACGGCGGCGGCUGCAGCUUCUUCCUGUGGGCCGACAGCAGCCCCUCGGAAGCCGGGGGGCCGCCCUCCUGCACGGCGAGACCCACCGGCGGCUUGCUGGGCCGCCCGCCCGCCACAGGGGACCGCCGGGGCGGGUCCGGCCGACCCGGAGAUGAGGACGGCGGCGCGGGCAUGUCCUGCCUGUGUAGCCAGCCCACCGUCACCCGCACUGUGCAGAAGGACGGGCCCAACAAGGGCCGCCGGUUCCACACGUGCGCCAAGCCCAGAGAGCAGCAGUGCGGCUUCUUCCAGUGGGUGGACGAGAACGUGGCCCCAGGGACUUUCGGAGCCCUGACCUGGCCAACAGGCAGAGAAAGAGCCCAGGGGCCAGAGGCCAGAAGCAAAAGAGCCCGGGCCAGUUCCACAGACACGGGGUCCACGCCCAAGAAACCCCGGAAAUGCAGCCUUUGCCACCAGCCCGGACACACCCGUCCCUUCUGUCCCCAGAACAGAUGAGGCAGGGGAGUGGAGGGAGGGCUGCUUCCUCAGACCUGCCCCUUUCCUCUCGGGAAUAAGCCCUUUUCACUAGGACCUUCCCCGCCCUGUGGAGGCCUUGAGGAAAGCGGUGGCUUCUGGAGCCUGGCCUAGCUGUGCUCGGGAGUCAGGAUCCAGACCGCUUUCUGGAGAAGUCCAUCUCGGGCGGAUAGUAACCCCCGGCCUGGGGCUUCUCACUGCUGGUGCUGCGGAGCAUUUAGCAGCGGGGUGGGCGCAUCCUGCGCUGUGGCCUCCGGGGCUUUCUUCCCUUCCGGAAAGUCCCCUCGAGGGACCGGCACUCCUGUUCCAGGCUCCGGGCAGCCUGGACAGGGCUCCGCUCGCGGACGUUCUGAGAAAGGAGGGUGUAAUGCAAGAACGUGGCUCUUGUUCUAAAAUUGUGUCCAUCGAAGAAGCUUUGUCUUUAUCGGGACGCCGCUGCGGCCGGGACACCCCAUGGCUCCUGUGCCUUAAUAAAGAAUCCUGUCCCUCUGC